CAGAAACUAGUGAUUAAGAUUGCAGAUACCUACGUGAUUUGGAGACACUUGGUCUAUGCUGAGCAUUGAGAGAUCACCCCAGUGUGGCAUUCUAGAAAGUCCUCGGAGUAAAUGAGUGCAGAAGCAACUCCUCUGCAGGUACCUUGGAGCAGUGGUUCUCAACCCGUGGCUUGGGGGUCACCACAACAUGAGGAGCUGUAUUAGAGGGUCACUGCCUUGGAGUAUAGCAGCAUUUGCUGCAGCACCGAUAGGAAUUACUACUCAAAGAAGAUGUCGGGCAUCAACUCACGAGGACCUCUGGAGUUUUAUGAGCAUCUUCCUCUUGCUGAGAAGAAAGUGAUGGACAGCUUCCUCAUGGACAGAGCCUCUUGCUCCACCACAUGGAGUUGAUUUGAAGACCCGACUGUAGGUCGCCUUGAGACUGGCCAGCCUGAGGAUUGACAGAGUGGGCUUGACUUACCAGCCCUCUUCCUGAUAGGAAGGUUCCACCCACUCCAUGCUCCAACUGUCACUCUCUUAACUGUCACCCAGAAGCUUGCUUCUUAAUCCUACCACCUGCCUGACUGUUCUUUGGAUGGCUGCUGGCUCAGGAGUUAGGAGAGAUUUCUGAGGACCAGGAAAAUAGAUUUUGAGAUCAGUGAGCCAGUCAACUUUGGCUCUGGAGAUCAUCAAUACCUCGUUCAGAAAGCAGCAAUUAAAGGUGCCCCUUCUAAAGCGGGUCAGCCCUUCACAUAUUCAUCCAGAGACAUGCCCCAAGAAGCCAUAAAACACCCACAUUCCAGGAAUAGAGAUGGAGCGAAUACCUACGCAGUACAAAUUUCAGAGGACAUUGUCACAAGUGAUAGUGCUACAGCUUUACCCAGUCCCUUCGAAGACAUGUCUGUCCGUAGAGGCUUCAUCGUAAAGGUGUUCAUUGUCCUGUCAGUUCAGCUGCUAAUCACUAUUGCAGUCAUCAGCAUAUUUGUUUUCUGCAAACCUGUAAGACAGUGGAUCAUCCUCAACCGUUGGUUCAUGUUCGCACUCUUCCCAGCGGUCAUGGUUGUUAUCAUCGUGCUUGCUUGCUGCAGGGAUAUCCGACGCCAAGUGCCCGCAAACUACAUCCUCCUGAUGUUAUUUACAAUCCUGGAAGGCCUGCUGCUAGGGAGUAUGUCAGUCUUCUUUAAAGCAGAAGAGAUACUAUGGGCAGCGGGAGCAACCACUGUGGUGACACUAACGCUCACCUUAUUUGCUCUACAAACAAAAUGGGAUUUUACCUUGCUAAACGGAGUGUUGUUUGUUCUCCUCAUUGUAUUAAUGAUCUACGGGAUUAUCGCACUCGUCAUACGAUCAUACUGGGUACAUCUGGUGUAUGCAGCGCUUGGAACACUGAUCUUCUCCUUGUAUCUGGUGAUGGACAUUCAGAUGAUGGUUGGGGGACGCUACCAUUAUGAGGUAGACCCUGAAGAAUACAUUUUUGCUGCUCUGAAUAUCUAUGUGGACAUCAUCAACCUUUUCAUUUUCAUUUUGGACCUGAUUGUACGAUAGCCAGUGGCCAAGGCUGGCUCAUGCUGAGAAGAGGGAAGAGUGUCGCCAGGCCAGGCCCAGACACAGCAGUGACCACUCAUAGGCCCUUUCCAUAGUUAGUUAUUUAGUUAUUUAUUUGCUUAUUCAUUUAUGUCAAAAGAAGUGAAGAAUUCAGUAGAUGGUAGCUGUUGUUGUUACUCUUUUUAUGUCCCUUGCCAUGUGGCAAACCUUCUUAUUCAUAUGGAUACAUUUCAGAUUCCUAUACAUUCAGAAAAUAAAUGAGUAUCCUAAUCCUAGGUUCCCACUGCUUUGUUGAAGUUUUCUAGGCACAAUUUAAAGCUGUAAACACCUCUACACAAAUAAAGCUAAUUAUAGAAAAC